AUGCGUUUCCACGAUCGAUCUUUUGAAAUGCUUGAGUACCUUUUCCAGUUGUUUCGAUACUUUCACUGUUACGAAACAACGCACUUUGGCGUUUGCACCUGGUGCGAAUCAUUGUGUCAAAACAUCCAAAAAUUUUGCGCUCAUCUAUCUGGAGCUUCUACCAACGAAGAGGUUCCCACUACCACCUAUUCAGAUGACCUAUUGGAUAUGGGUGUAUGGUCAAUAGUAGAUGUCCCAAAUGAAGAGGGUUCUAUUCAAUCCACGUUACAGUUAAAUAAAUACGAUUCAGACGGUUCCCAACCCUCUCUUAUAUCCACCUCAUCGUUGAUCGGAUACGCCAACAUGCAAUUAUGGCAAGAACCAUUGCCUCCAUCCAUUUUCAUCCCACAACGUGGUUACAAUGAUGAGCUCGCUAUGCCCAGUGACAUUGUCGAGGAAAGCUUUGAUCUAACCGCCUUCAUGGAUUUCAUUUUCACUCCCGGUCGUUUCGCUAAAGUGGCGAUUCACGAUGCCUUCAAGUCAUUGAAGCAGUCGCAUCACCUACCACAGGAAUGUCCCCCAGACGACGUUGUGACAACUAUGAGGGACGAAAUCAGUCACGCACUCAUUUCAGUCUUCCGACCGUCACUCUCUGUUGCCGAAUUCCGGACCCUCCUGAUGACUUUCCACCAGAUUAUCGUGGACUACCACCAACGAGCCUCUGAACCUCUUGGUUUAUUCUGUGUAAAGUCGAAUGGGGAUGUCGUCGUUGUGCAUCGUUCCGGCCUCUCCGUGGCACGACGUCUUCAAUCGACAGAGGAGGGCCUCUUGAACUCACCCUUUCUCGAUUACUAUCUCGAGACAUCGGCGUUAAAUCAGCGAGUCACCAAACUACGCGCUCGAGAACGCCUCGUAUCUUGCUGUCGUCGAAUUGUCAAGGGUCUUGCCCAAAGCCAAGUUUGGUUGGAACAUGAACGCAAGAUUUGCGAGAAUCUCGAGAACUUUCACCAUACCGAAACUGUUCUCAAUCAACUUCUGGCAGACUUACCAGCUAAUCAGUUAUUUGAUUGGGAAGAGGACGAUGUUAUGGAAGGAAUGGAGGACGCUUUUAGUUGGUUUCUGGAGUUCCUUUUCACACCGUAUCCAAUCGAGUUCACUGCCGCAGAGUUGGGGAAAGAGGAGGAAGUCGAGAAGGGUGUCCGGCAGACAGCAAACACUAGCUUACGUUUCUGUGUCGCGAUGCACCUUCUUUGGCGCCACUGCAACCACCACUCUGCUACCUCACUCGGAUCUUCUCGGAUAGAGGAUCAUUUGCAGCAAUCCUAUCGAUGCCUUGCAGUCAUCCAGUGGCUCACCAUUACCCGCGCUGCGUCUCCGUCAGACCAAAGUUUUUUGUCUUUGGUGUGGACUCAUCUCAAGAUACUUGGCAUGGAAGAUCGAUCUAUGGACUCCGUCCCUCGUAAUGUUUACCAGUCUACCUCCAACAGGAUGUGUUUUCAGUUUUCCGGCUUGAGUCUUCUCGAGGAGCUCAUUCUCUCCGCUCCCGAGAUUUUCUCUGUCUUCUCGGGGGGUAUAGACGAACCCUCCUGGAGAACACACGCCUCCAUAAUCAUUAUGGCUCUUCAAAAGGAUCUUUUUCCUGUACUGAAAAACGGCGAAACUGUUGCUCCUCUUCUCAAACAUCUCUUACUUGGCGCUCGGUGUAAGGAGCUACUGACCUUGUGUAAGUGCCUUGCACCAAAUGCUUUCGGUAAUAUCGAUCUGAAAGGUCUGCCAAGUGUUUGUCGAGAUGGCCAGAUAGACGGAAAAUCAAAACCUAUCCUGAGAAAUGGGUUUUGGUGGCCGGGAGAUGUAAACGCACUUCAUAUGUGUGCUUUUCUUGCGUUGUUGUGGUCCGGGCUCACAGACGAGGCGGUUGAACAAUAUAUCCAAGGUUCAUUGUAUCUGCGACGCCGUCUGCUCAGUCGUUUGCAUCCCUUUUCUACUGAAUACUCAUCGGAUUUGGCCCCUGAUGAAAAUAUUGCAGCGCCGUGCUCUCUCUUGGAAAAGCUUUUUCCUGCUGAAUUCGCUCUAAGUACUUUACUCUGUUUUCCUACUACCAUUCAAGAUAGUCGUGGUCUACUUUCCACUCCGCUCCUUGUGGACGAAGUUCAAAUUCGGUACUUGAUCAAAGCGAUGCCAGUGUUAGAACAGCUUGACAAGUCCCAACACGUCAUUCGCUUGUGCGAGUAUGCACUAGAACUUAUCCAGAAAGCCUCUAGUGACGCUUGUGCUGCGGGUCUCCUGGAUUUUGGAGCAACAGGAGUUAAGACGAGUCACAUCGGUCUCUUCCCCACAUCUGCUGUUUGUACUGAUGAUGCGGAAUUUCUCAGCCUCGCACAAAAUCUCUUUGAACUCGAGGCGGUUCUUCGUACCCGCAUUUUCCGCCACGAACUCGCCACUGGGAAUGUUGCAAGGGCCCAUGCACAACGCGAUUGUCUCCACCUGUUAAUCACUACGCUCUGUGAUCGGGGCCAAACCACUGAACUCGUGAACUUUGAAUAUGGAUCCCUAGAAAGUGAGUUGGUCUCCACCCUCAAGUCGAGAGCUCGGGCUGCUGAUGUGUUACCGAAGUCGGUACCACGACGGCAGACGUUAAAGGAAAGCGCAGCGGGGCAGGAGGAGAAUAUUUUUUAUGCCGUUCUCUAUGCCUACUAUGUGCGCCACUCGAAAUUCCAUUCUGCUGUGGAAGUGUGUUUUGAGCAGGCUGUUCGGCUUGCGGAGGAGUCUGCACUGCUUCCUUCGACUCCGUUUCGACUCGCUAAAUCCGAUGGCCCCUGGGGCGCUGGGUCGUGGGUUUUGGCGGUGCUGCAACAACAAGCCCUCUGUCUCUCAACUUGCAUCAAUACCCUUGAAUUGCUGCCGGUUCAGGAUCAGUGGAUCAUCAGACGUGAUUCAAAAGCCGCCUUUCUUGAUGAUAUGAGGGUCUCUUCCUCUGCCCUUACGUCGGACGUUUCUUGGGCCUUCGACGUGGAAGAGGAAGAGGACGCUAGCGAGAACCGUCCAGGCGAAAGGAGGAAUGAGGAAAUGCUCAUGGUUGAGAGCAUUUCGAAUUCAAACAAUGUCAUACGUCAUCAAGCUGGGGAUCAUCGUAUUCUUCAACUCACGGAUCUGGAGCAUCAGUACUUAGUGGUGCGGGCCCGUCUUCAACUAGCUCAGGUCUCUUGGGAACAGGGUAUGCUGCGGGUGGGGAACACUUCAAUCCACGAUCUCUACUCUUCUCUCAUCGCUACUGCACUAUACGAGGAGGCCCUCCAGAUGCUUGUUGCGUUCAAUCUCAAUCCCUCACCUUUGGUCACUGCUAUUGCAUCUCGUUGUGUAGCACUGGCAGAGCACAAACAGACCACCAAAGACGGAUUUGCUCCCUGUCUGCCCGCGCUCACGAAUACCACUGCGCCAUUGAAUGUUGAGCGAGUUCUCGUGACCAAAUCCUUGGCCACUUUAUCCGACUACCUUGGUGUUGCAGGUGACGUGAUGAUGGAGGAGAAUCGCAAGAGCGAUCUCCUCGAUCUCUACUGGUCCUUGCUGAAGGUCCUACUGACCAGCCUGGACUCUCGUGGUGUUUUAGUGGUCGGUGACAAGCCUCGAGCUAAGUGGGACCUCGGUCUGCUAGCCUGUCGCACGAUACUUACAGGAUCAUUAUCCCAACUUUCAUCCAUUCAGCUGCCCUGCUGGCUCAUGCAGUUUCUCUCUAGCGGUCCUUCUGGCCCUAUUUUUCCUCUAUUGCGCCUUCUUUUCGACCAUAACCAGCUGCGAGAAGCCUCUCGUCUUGCGAAUGCCCUUCUUUUGACCGCUAUCGGUCCUGAAACCGGCCAAUGUCCGGCUCUGUUGAAAGAGGUUGAUCUGCAGCAGCUUCAGCUGAAUUUGUGCUCUGCUCCGGAGCGUGUUGCUUCCUCUUCAAUAUAUCUUCCUCACAGCCUUCUUGUUCGCCUCUUGGAGGCCCUUGCCUCCGUUUCUCACAAGUCUCAAGCAUACUAUUCAAUGCAUGCGAAAUUGCAGUCACUGAUGAAGGAGUAUUACUCCACGUUAGUCUUGGUGGAUGGAAAACGUCGACCACUCCAAUUGCAUUAA